AUGGCAGAGGGCCACUUCCCGCUGUACCCACAAGCUGUGUGGCUUCCAGUCCUUGCUUUCCCAUCAUGGAUCCUCUGCAUCUCCCCUAUGGUCUGGCACCUUUCACAACGCAAUAUCGCCGCAGGCUCACUCAUCUUCUGGAUCAUACUCCUUAACUUCUUCAACGCUAUCAAUCCGCUCAUAUGGCCUCGAGACAACAUGGAGGAAUGGUAUAACGGUUCUGGCCUUUGUGACAUUGAAGUUCGCGUUCAAGUCGGCGCUUCUGUGGCCCUUGCAGCGUGCACUGCCAUCAUCGCGCGCCGCCUUGCCAAUGUCAUGGAUACGCGAAAUAUCACAGUCGCUCCCAGCAAGCGGAGUGUACUCAUUGAGAAGGCUCUCGAGAUCGGCUUCUGCUGGGUGUACCCGAUCAUUCUCAUGGUCACGUACUACAUUGUCCAGCCGUUUCGUUACUACAUCUUCGGGAUCUCGGGUUGCGUAGCGGUCUAUGAUUCCAGCUGGCCAAGUCUCGCAAUUGUGUGGGUCUGGGGCUGCAUCACAACUCUUGUGGCAGCUUUCUACUCGGGCUUACUGGGCUUCCGUCUUUUCCACUAUCGCCGCGAGUUCCACAACCUAAUCGCAGCCCGCAACACCACCAAGUCCCGCUUUGUACGACUUUUUCUCAUGGCUCUAUAUGUCUCGAUCAUAUUGGUCCCAUAUUCCUUCUUCAUCCUCUACCAGCUCGCCGACACUAUUGUCGAUGAUUACAGCUGGUCGCGUGUCCAUGGGCCCAAUUGGAACUCAGUCACCAAAGUACCUGCAAACGGCGUAGUACGUUGGGAUCGCUGGGGUGAGGUGGCCGCCGGAUACAUCGCUUUCAUACUCUUCGGCACCGGCACAGAUGCACACAAUACAUACAAAGGAAUUCUCACCUCUGUCGGAUUUGGCAAGCUCUUCCCCAGUCUUUACAUCAUGAGCGAGAGCAGUGGUGUUCAAACCCCGACAGGUGUCACGUUCGUCAAGCGGUGGACUUCCAGUUGGUCAACCAAGGCGAAGAGUUGGAUCAGCAGGAACGACUCUGUUUCUGAACCAAGUCGCAAUGAAUCUUUCACCGGAUCCGUCGUUCAUUCUGUGUUCACGAAUCCGGAGUUAGUGACUGUACAGCAGCAGCAGGUCAAACCGCCCAACAACACGCUGUCAAUCUUCAGUCGCAACUUGAACCGUCGUACUACCAAUCAAUCCAUUCUCCCGAUCCAGAAUAAGAUGUCAACCGAUACUGACCGUCUCCCUGUUCUUGACAAAACGCCGUCGAAUCCCUCUGCUUUUAUCGCGCGAGCAUGGGCUGCCGAAAAAUACACUGGCGAGAAGGCCGAUGAGAUCGCAGGAGUCCACGUUGUUUGCGAAGUCCACCAAGCGAGCCAGGAUAGGAGCGGGGAGAAGAAGACCGGCGACGAUGCUUGGGUGUAA